CUGAAAUGCUAAGUAUUUUCUUCAGAAAGAACACACAUAUCUUUCAACAGAUUAACACUGUGGCAAAUGAUAAACUAAUGUAAAACCACCACCAGACACCGAGCACUGAAAAUGCUCUAACACAUCGUAACCCAUACUCGCCAGACCUGAGCAAUAAAAAUGGGGGAAAUCAGUUGAGUAGUACAAAACAAAACUGAUUUCUAAGUUAACCAAUAAUUAUUGGAUUUAGUAGUUUCCCCUUUCUAGAGAAGGAAGGAAAAGACAGACGGACCAGCGCCUAGUCAAGUUAGAUGCAGGGAAGAGAGGUCAACUGGGAUUUAAUGAACUUGUAGGCUCACACCUGCUUAAUAAUGGAUGCUGUCAGGUCCGUGAUGACAGAGCCUUUUGAAGAUGUGAUGUGAAGCUCUGGGUCCAAUGACAAGUGGUGAUCGGGAUGGGUAAUAACUUAGUAACCGGCUAAAUGCACAUUUUUAUGAGACAAGUAACUCUUCCCAGACAAGUAAAAAGCAGAUAAUGAGAUGUUCCUAUGGGAUUUGAUAUAAACAUUAGAAAGGAAAACAUCUCACUGUGGUGACACCACCUAGAACAGAAGCUAUAUAAGCACUUCAAAGGGGGAGAAGCCAACAGGCUUGGAAUUUGAACUCCGUUGAGGGUUCUGGAGCUGGUGACCACAGACUCGGAAAUAAACUGAGCUGAGAACACACAAUGGAUGCUCAGGGCUGUACAGCGACUAGUUCUCCUGCGACCCCACCCCACAACUGCUCUGGGAUUACAAAUUUUAGAACCACCUCUUCUAACAACAGCCGCCAUCGUGAUGGCCCUGAAGCCAACAGCUGCCAGCCGACUCACCAGCUCCUGAGAACCCUCCAGGGCCAGGGCUGCCAGUCUGCUCUCUGCCUUUGCUGCACCCCCAUCUACCUGAUAAGCAGCUUCAACGGCCACCCCUGUCUGGAUGACUGUGCCUGGUACUGGGAAGGAAUCAACAGUCACGAGAAGGAGACCAUGCAGCUCUUGAACGACCGCCUUGCUAACUACCUGGAAAAAGUGCGAGAGCUAGAAGGAGAGAACGCAGCCCUGGAACGCAGAAUCCAGGAGGAGUGUAACAAAGAGCACCCUGCCCUGUGUCCUGAUUACCUGUCCUACUACACCGUCAUUGAGGAGCUCCAGCAGAAGAUCUUGUGUACCAAGGCUGAGAAUUCCAGGCUGGUCUCACAAAUUGACAACACCAAACUGACUGCAGAUGACUUAAGAGCCAAGUGCGAAGCGGAGGUGUCCCUGCGGCAGCUCGUGGAAGCCGAUGCCAACGCCCUACGGCAGAUCCUGGAUGCCCUGGCUCUGGGCAAGGCUGACCUGGAGGUUCGAGUCCAGUCUCUGAAGGAGGAGUUGCUCUGCCUGAAAACCAGCCACGAGGAGGAAGUCAGCUCGCUACAGUGCCAGCUUGGGGACAGACUCAACAUUGAAGUGACCGCUGCCCCUUCUGCGGACUUAAACCAGAUUCUACACAAAAUGAGGUGUCAGUAUGAGUCCAUCAUGGAGACAAACCGUAAGGACAUGGAACAAUGGUUCAACACACAGAUGGAGGAGCUGAACCAGCAGGUGGUAACCAGCUCUCAGCAGCAGCAGAGCUGCCAGGCGGAGCUCAUAGAGCUGAGACGCACCGUGAACGCGCUGGAGAUGGAACGGCAGGCCCAGCACCGAAUGAGAGAUUCCCAAGAACGCAUCUUAGAGGAGACGGAAGCCAGCUACACGGCCCUGCUGUCCCAGAUCCAGAGUCUGAUCCAUAACCUGGAGGCUCAGCUGGCAGAGAUCCGCAGUGCCCUGGAACGACAGAACCAAGACUACGAGAUUCUGCUGGGUACCAAGUCCCAGCUGGAGUGUGAGAUUGCCACCUACCGCAGCCUGCUGGAGGGCUGGGAUGUCAAGCUGCCUUGCAACCCGUGUGCUGCCAAAUCUGAGUCCUCCGUGUGUGUAACCCGCAAGGCCAGAGUCAGGCAAUGCCCCGCCCCAGUGUGUACGGCCUCGGCCCUCCCUGUGACACACAAGAGCUGUGGACUCCCGCCCCGGAUCCUGGUUAAAAUAUGCACCAUCACCAAGGAGAUCAAGGACGGGAAGGUGGUUUCGUCUUACGAGCACGUGCAGCCUUGCUACAUCUGCCGACCUGCCAAGGCCUAACAGCCCAGGGAAAGGGAGUUUGAUCUGAUCUUUCACAAGGGGUACGUAGCUGGAAUUCUCAAGACAAAACUCCCGUUGGUUGACAGUGAAGAAACAGCUCGGCUUCCUGCUUUAAUCUGUCCGCCAGACAGAAAUGGACUUCAGAGCCACAAACCCUGCAGAAAGCAGAGCUGAAUACCUGCGGCGCCACGUACAAGGAGGUCCCAGCAUGAGACGGGCCCCGCUUCCGUGCCAGCCGGGGCCGUAGUUCUUUGCGGUAGCACCACAGACCCUAAAAAUCAUUCCCUACAAAAACUAUUGGACGUUUCUGGGUGCUUUAGUAAAUAAUUCCAAACCCACCACAGAAUGUGGAGUCAAAAGACCUGAAGCCUGAAAUGUUCACUUCCCCACCGUGACCCUGCACAAAACUUUAGUCAUCGUCAAAUUAAUUUCCUUAUCAUCGAAAGAGGGUCAUACCUACUUUGCAGGGUGGCUGGGAGUCCAGUGAAACUGUUUAUAUCACCUCGCUUUGUACACUGAAAAGCCCUCCACCAGUGUGAGCUUUGGAUAAUCUUCGCUUUUGGUUACAGCCUGAGAUCUAAUUUUGUCUCUAUUCUCUCAUUUUAAAGUGCUUUCUCCGUGAAUUUAGUUAUCUAGUCUCGAUCUGGGAGGUUUAAUAGUGCUUAGCUUGGUGGGGAGACGUGCUCUCCUGGGAGCACACCCU